AUGGCGGGCUUGAGGGGCAGCACGCGCCCCGCGGAGGCCCAGGAGGCUUCCGACGCAUUGAAGGGGCGGAGGGCGGUCGCGGAGGCACUGGUGGCGCGGUACUCUGUGCGAUCGGAGAGGCUCACGGACGAGGACAUUCUGCUGGUCCGGGAGGGCCUCAGGGUCUGCCCCGACGGCCCCGUCUGGUCCCUCUACUGCAUCUGCGACGGCCACGCCGGCGCCGCGGCAGCCAAGUUCGUGAAGCGCUACCUGUGGAGGGCGCUGUGCCCGCGGCUGCCCACCGUGCGCCUGCCGGAUGCGGGCUGCGAAGCUUAUCAUAAAUUCGCAACUGAAGUGAGAAGCGCCAUGGUGAACGCUUUCGUCAAGCUCGAUGAAGAUUUCGUGGCGAAGUUCGCAUCCAGCGAUUCUGGCGCCGCCGUGACGACCGCCCUGCUGUGCGAGUCCCUGCUGACGGUGGCGAACGUGGGCGACGCCGACGCCGUGCUGGACACCGGCGCCGAUGCCCUCCUGGCCACCGUCAACCACCGCAUCGAGUCCAACGACGUGGAGCGCGAGCGGCUGCUGGACGGCGGGGCGCUGCUGGCGCCCAUGGCGCGCUCGCUGACGGGGCCCUGCGAGUCCAAGGACCAUAGCGUGGGCCCCGUGCGGUGCUGGCCGGGGGGCAUGGCGGUCGCCAGGUCGGUGGGUGACGUCAAAGGGGGCAAGAACGUCAUCCCGUGCCCGCACGUCUUCCAGAUCACCCUGCCCCAGUGCGGUGGGCGCCUCCUGAUGGGCUCCAGCGGACUGUGGGACCUCAUUCACUGGAAAGAAGCUACCCACAGCACACGCGCCACGCCCACCAAAGAGGCCGCAUCCCGGGUCGUCACCCUGGCCCUCCUGGAGAACAACUGGUCCCUGCACCAGGACGCCAGCGCCCUGGUCGUCGACAUCCUCCCCCCCGCGGGUGGCGACUUCCCCAGGCUCGUCAGGGCCAGCGCCCGCCAGCGGCGGAGGCGGAACAGGCCCACGAGCUGGUGCGGCCUGCAGCUGAUCCUGGAGGGCAUCGUGCACCGGCUCUGCAGGCCGGACGACAUUCCGUCGGGCGGGGGCUUCAAAGUUGUCGCCAACAUCGACGGAAGGGUGAUGCUGAGGGUAGAGCGGGAGGCGUCCAUCAGCGACUCCUGCUCCAGCCACUGGGUGGCCCGGACGGGGCGCAAGGCUGGGUGGAAGUCCUCUACCGGGGAGCAGCGGCGGUCGGCGGGGUACUCGGAGCGCGGCUCGGAGCGCUCGUACACGGAGCGCGGCUCCGUGGAGACGACGACGUCCUCGUCGCGGACAAACCGACGGACGGAAGACAGCCGGUCGUCGAGCACGUCGACGUCGGAGGAGGAGGCGGGAGGCAGGGAGAGACGGGCGGGUUGCUACGGCUGCGGGUGGUCGGGGAAAAGGGGGGGGACGGAGGGAGACAGGCUGCACAGCGGGGAUGCAGGCCGGCUGCUGGCCGGCUCAGAGGCGGCCGCGCUCAAGAGGGUGUCGGCCAGCAGCGUGUCGUUCGAGAGCCAGCUGUUGCCUCUCGGGGAGGGCGGCCCGGAGGAGGGGCUCAGAGAGAAGGGGUCGUCAUUUGGGGAGCAGUCCAGCACAUCGCGAGACGUCUGGAGGAGCGCGUUCUCGAAUCAGGUGUCCCGGAGGGGGAUCCGGCCCAUGGAAAUCGUACCCGGGGGCCGCGGCUCCACAGACUGA